GUGAACGUGAUGGCCCGUGAAGCUGUCUAACCUCAAAUACUGAAAUAAACAGAAAAAGGCGUUUGUAAAUUCCCCCACUCUCGUCGGCUACCAAGUAAGCAACCCGCCAAAGGAGUUCACUUUCGGAGUUUUCGGGUUCCAAUCGUUGUGGGUAUUUUCUGUUUAAUGUUUGCAAAACCCUCAAAAAUCAAAGGUUUAUUUUGGGAUUUUGAAUUUUGAAUUUUGAAUUUUGAUCGAGUGAAAAAAAGUGAAAACAAACAUGGGUUCUGAAGAAACACUUGAUAAUUUGGGUUACUCGUUGUUAAAAGAUCUAAGGUUUGAAAUUGGUGAAAAUCAGACUUGUUUUAAUCUCUGUUUCUGGGUUUUUCUCCCCAGUUCCACCCCAGUUCCUUCCACAAUUCUUCACCAGUUACACUCUAAAAAUCCAUUUCUUGCUUUGAAAGAAGACAAAAGGUUAGUGCUUUCGCCUUCAGUUUUGUUGCAAAAAGAAUCUUCUGAUUCAGAGGGAAUUUCAUCCGCGAAAGUUCCUUGUGCCGUUUCUGACGUGGAGUUUCCUCUAGCACGAUGGGCUCAUAUCGGUUGCCAGGUGUUCAACAACGUCAUACGCAUUUAUCUUGAUGGAAAAGUAGUGGGAGAAAGGCAUUUAGAUUCAUCAACGGACAGACAAGCUGACCUUGAGAGUUUCACGAAGGUGACUAUAUCUGCUGUGGGCAAUGGACUUAAGUGCCUUGAUGGUUAUGUACACAAUGCAGUUGUUUUGCCUUCUUCAACAUCUAUUGAGGGUCAUCAUGUUAAGGAUCCUCCUAUGUGCUUAUGUAUUGAUAGUUCAUCUGUUUCUGACAUCGAAUUGGAAGGUGAUGGCAUUUGGAAAGUUUUUGGCGGCAAGGCAUCUUGUCGUAAAAUGUUUUCAUCGGAUGUGUUACUAUUAAAUGCUUUCGGUGAGCUUGUAGACAAGGAAUUGGAGGUUGUUGCAUCUCUUACCUAUGCUGAUAAUCGGGCCCCUGUUGAGAAAUCAAAAGAUGACGACGCUCCACUUUUGACAACUUGUAACGGACUCGAAUUUCCAUCUGAUGAUAAACCCAGAAAAUUAUUGCGAGGACGUGCAUCUUUUCAACUGAACGUAUGUCGGCUUUCAUCCGAAUGUGAUAAUAAAAUGUUCAGUAUUAAGUUUCAUCUUCAGAAAAGGAGAAACUUCCCUUUUUUUGAGGCAUUUACUCCACCAAUUCGCUGCAUCUUAAAGACAUGUGACACCAAGAUAUCUACUAUCACAUGGAAAAAGUUGCCAUCAGGCUUUCAUCUAUUUAAUGGAUCCAGCUUACCUCAUUAUGGUGUUGGGCACUCAGAGCUACAGCUACAGCAAAAUCCUGUAUGUGAAGCAAUUCCAAGUCCUCCAUCAAAAAGAAAGAAAUUAGAACAAGAUUCUUCAUUGCCAGUCACCAAGGCUGAGUCUAAUCUGCAAAGAUUUGAUGAAGAAUGUAGUUCACAAACCUUAUCCGUAACUAAGAAUGCUGUUGGGACCAGUUUGGAGAGUAUCCAGGAAAACUAUGGAGAAAUAGAUAAUUCUGGUUCAGAUUCCGAAAGUGUCGGUGCAAGAAUUUCAGAGUUGAAGAGCAUUCCUUGCAUCAGAGAUCUCACUUCAGAUCUUACAAUAUUCAGAUACUGCCUUGGAGGCUUAUCUGAAAGGUCACUCAUGCUUAAGGAGACCUCUCUGUACGCUUCUGAGCAAAAGAUGGCUGAAAUGGCAGAAAAGAUUUCAUUCUUUUCUGGAUGCUCUCACCACAGGCAGCAAAUUAUGAUUGCAAAAAUACUGUUGGAGGAAGGAGAAAGAGCUUGGAAUUUGAUUUCACGAAAUAGCCAUCGUGUUCAAUGGGAUAAUGUUGUUUUUGAGAUAGAGGAGCAAUUCAUGAGGAUUACUGGCUGUAGCACGAGAUCUCUCACUCAACAGGACUUGAAUUUUCUUAGGAGAAUUUCGGGUGGCCAUGAGUAUCUCACCAAAGAUAACUUCGAUAAAAUGUGGCGUUGGUUGUAUCCGGUGGCAUUUACCAUAUCAAGACAGGGAAUUAAUACAUUGUGGGCUACUAUGUCACCUAAGUGGAUCGAGGGAUUCUUUACAAAGGAAGAAGUAGAGUAUGCGCUUCAGAGUCCGGUGGGAAUUCAAGAGCCUGGAACAUUCAUCUUGCGGUUUCCAACAACCAGAAGUUGGCCUCAUCCAGAUGCUGGUAGCUUAAUUGCAUCCUAUGUUGGCAGCGAUUUCUCUUUGCACCAUAAACAGUUAUCUUUGGACUACAGUUCUGACAUUUUUUAUUCAAGUGAAAAGCCACUUCAGGAAUUGCUUUUGUCUGAACCAGAGCUUUCUCGAGUAGGAAGGAUAUCAAGGAGUGAUUUGACUGUUUAAAUUGCGACUAUACUUGUGUAUAUAUUAUCCAUCCUUGAAGACACUGGUGGUUUGGAGCUUUUCUUUGGUGGGUUUUGGCAUGAGGCCACUGUUCAACAUCCGAAGUGAGAAUCUGAAGCAAUUAUGUCUACGUGAGAUAUGAGGUCCAAGUCUUCCAAGUACAGGACUACAGGAGGAGUUAUGUUAUUCAUUCACGUCCACUGUGCUUGAACUACAGGAGGAGUUAUGUUAUUCAUACACAAAGCACUUAAUGAUCGGCUAUCUCAAUCCUCUUCUUUCUGGAGGGUUUCUUAAAUUCCUCUGUCUUCAAGGUUCAAUUCAGCCGCAGUGUCUUGACAUGGGUACAAAGCACUUAACUAGUAGAUAUCUCAGUAGAUUUCGUUCUGGAAGGCUUCUCAAAUUCCUAUCUUGAGGGUUCAAUUCAACCGCAGUUUCUUGACAUCGGUACAAAUCAAAGGUGGGUAACAGAAGAAAUGCAGAUUUGCAACGCUAUGUCUAAGAAAACAUUAUCAGUCUCAGAUAUGUAAAAUUCUGGGUGAUCCUGUGAUAUCAUUGUACAGUUUAGCAAUUGUUAGUUGAGAUUUCACAGGUAUAUUAUCCGGCAUUCAGAAUUUUGUCCUAAAACAGAGAUAAAGCAGUAUAUCAGUAUAUCUUUACAGUAA